UUAUUACAAUGGUAGAACACGCGCGAAAAUCAGCAAAAGUUGUGGUACUGGGAGAUAUAGGUAGAAGUCCCCGAAUGCAAUACCAUGCAUUAUCUCUUGCUAACAGCGGCCUUAAAGUCAAUAUUAUAGCUUACGUGGAUUCUGAACCUCUCGCUGAGAUAUUAGAGAAUCAUAAUAUUAGUAUUACUAAGCUGAAACCCUUAGUUUUGGAGAGAGGGCCCAAAUUAUUGCAAUAUGCUUUAAAAGCACUAUGGCAGUCGAUAAGUCUGUUGAUUGCUUUAUUUUUUACUGGGAAAUAUGAUUACUUACUGUGCCAGAACCCACCGGCGGUCCCAACUUUACCAGUAUGUCGAUUUUAUUGCUUAGUCACAAGGACAAAAUUCAUAAUAGACUGGCACAACUAUGCCUUUUCAAUAAUGGCCAUGUCACUACCCUCAAAGCAUCCAUUGUUGAGGAUAUCUGAAUAUAUUGAGAGAUAUUUUGGUCAAUCAUCAGAUAACAAUCUCUGUGUUACAUAUGCCAUGAAAGCAGACUUGUUAGAAAAUUGGAAUUUAACAGCCACAGUUCUUUAUGAUCGACCACCAAAAAUAUUUCAUCCCAUAACACUGGAGGAGAAACAUGAGUUUUUGAUGAAAAUAGGACAACACUACCCUCAGUUUCUUGGAGAUAAUUCAAACAAAUCAGAUGGUAUUACAACUGCUGUUACUCGUUCGGUGGGAAAUGGUGUGGAGUUAAGAGCAGAUAGGCAGAUAGGGAUUUUGUUCAGUAGCACUAGUUGGACACCUGAUGAAGACUUUGGUAUUCUAAUGGCUGCCCUACAAGUUUAUGAAACAACAUACAAUCUUACAAAAAAGCUUCCAAAAUUAGUAUGUGUCAUAACUGGCAAAGGUCCAAUGAAGCAGCAUUACAUUGAGGUACUGGAAGCAAAGAGAUGGCAACAUGUGACUGUGGUCACUCCAUGGCUGGAAGCUGUCGACUAUCCCACUAUGGUUGCCAGUGCCGAUCUGGGUGUCUGUCUCCACACCAGUUCAUCUGGUCUAGACCUCCCUAUGAAAGUGGUUGAUAUGUUUGGAGCAGGCCUACCAGUCUGUGCAUAUGAUUACAAUUGCCUGAAUGAACUAGUUGAAAAUGGAAAAAAUGGAUAUACCUUCAAGAACAGUGAUGAGUUAUCUAAGCUAAUAGUGACAUGGUUUGAGGACUUUCCAAAUAAUGACAAACAAAAUAGAAUAGCAGAAAGUAUGAAAAGCAAGUUAAAUGAAUUCCAAAAAUCGAGAUGGGAAGACAAUUGGAAUUUAAGAGCUAAGAAGUUUUUUGAAUCCUGACACAGCUCUAUGAAUGAGAAUUUAUUUAAAUUAAUUAUAUUUACAAUUGAUAACCAUUUGUAUGAAAUACAGACAUUCCUUUAAAUUUAAAAAAUA